UGCUUCUAUGAAGUAAAACGGCCGGUAUUACCAUUGCCCGGGAGGAGGAUACAGGAGCCCACGGUAUCGAAAACACAACUUAUGAAAAGAUUUUUAUUGGCCGCAUGCGUCUCUGUAACCAGUUUUAUGGCCUGGUGGCCGGGGAUUUCCACAUGCAUUGGAACUCCAGCUGUUGCCGUUCGAGCCUCUGGCUGGCAACCCACUCAGAAAUGUUACAGAUAUGGACGCCAUAGUACAAAAUAAAUCUGAGGUUCCCAAUGGCAUUCGUUGCAGCUCGUGCUUUGCUCGAGGAACCGAUGUGUGUCUGAACGCCACUAAAGUGAACUGCACUGGGCAACUGGACCAGUGCAUUCAUUUUGCUACAAUAGCCAGGAAAGAGGAAUACAAGGACCAACAGGUGGACUUCAAAGGCUGUGCUACCAAGAACAUGUGUUCUAUGGGAGCUACUGCACUGUUUGCUGGCCGCCAAGUCUAUGUGAAGUCCAUCUCGUGCAGUAGGGCUCCAGGGGUCCCUUCCCAACACAUCCUGGCUCUGUCUGCCAUGGCAGGGUUGUUAUUCCUGGCGUACCAGUCCUGAUCCCUUUUCACACUUGUCCACCAUCUUUUUGUCCUUUGCUGGUCUUACUGCUCUCUCACUCGUAUGUCUCAGGUUCCCUCUUGGACAGUACAGUCUGAAACUGUGCCCUUUCCGCACAAAUCUCCUAAAACAUUUUGUAACCUCUAUCUGUGGGUUCUGUGGGGCAGAACUUGGAAUGAGUUUGCAACAACAAAUUUAAAAACAAAACAAAAUGGUUUACUUU